GGUUCGAGCUUCUGAUAAAGGAACACCAUCUCUGAACUCUACUGUAAAUGUCCAUGUAAUUAUAACUGUGGCAAAUAAUGCUCCUCCAAAGUUUGAACAUAAAGAUUAUGUCAUAGAAUUACAUGAAAAUGAAAAACCUGGCCAACCUUUGGCUGCUGUAAUAGCUACUAGCCGUUCUUCUGUGUAUUAUGAAAUCACAGCAGGAAACAUCAAUGAUAGUUUUAUUAUCAAUCCAACCUCUGGUAUCUUACGCAGUAAUGCCGAACUUGAUUUUGAAGUACUUAAAUUUUAUAACCUGACUAUCAAAGCGACCAAUAUGGUUGGUGCCAAUAGUACAACUUCUGUGUUUGUUCAUGUCAUUGACAGAAAUGACAAUGCCCCAGUCUUUCAUAAUUCUGAAUAUCGUGGACAAGUUAUAGAAUCUGAUAAAGUUGGAAGUAUGGUCUUAGUGGAUGGUAUUAAACCUCUUGUAGUUUCAGCAUCUGAUAGAGAUUCUGAAAUCAAUUCAGUUCUUCACUAUAAAAUCAUUGAAAAAUCUGCAUCAGCUUACUUUAACAUUGAUCCCAGUACAGGUGCAAUUCGAACUGCCACAAGUUUUGAUCAUGAGAAAAAGUCAUUCUUUUCAUUUACUGUUCAAGCUUGGGACAUGGGAAAACCACACCUAACUGCUGAAGUGCCUGCUAAAGUAUUAAUAUCUGUGAUAGACAUCAAUGACUGCCCUCCUAUGUUCGCAGAAAACUACUACACUGCCAUUCUUCUUCUGCCGACAUACAAAGGUGUUCAUGUGAUAAAUGUGAUAGCAACUGAUGCAGACUCUUUCAGCAUAAUUAAAUACAGUAUUAUUUCUGGAAAUGCAGAAAAGAAAUUUUUAAUUAAUAGCACAACUGGAGAUAUUUCUGUUAGAGAUCCAGAUGGAUUAGCCAGAAAGUACACUCUCGUUGUGGCUGCAUCUGAUGGGGAAUUCGAAACAAGCACAAAAGUUGUGAUCAAAGUACAAGAAAGCCAGCAGAGUGGCUUGCAGUUCAGUGAGGAAAAGUACUUUGCGAAAGUUCCAGAGAAUUCUACUGAAAUUAGUACUGUAGCCAUCAUAACACCUUUAGGUACUGAGCUCAAUGAACACCUUACUUUCCAUAUAUUGAACCCUACUGAUAUGUUCAAAAUUGGUGAAACAACUGGCGUGAUACGUUCUACGGGUCGUUUAUUUGACAGAGAGGCAGAAAGCUUUUAUACUUUAGUCGUAGAAGUAAGGAAUGAAGGCAGGGAAAUAUCAAAAUAUGCUCAUGUUCUUGUAGAAGUUUCUGUUGUUGAUAUUAAUGACAAUGCUCCAUUUUUUAUUGGAUUACCCUAUUAUGCUGUUGUCCCGGUUGAUUCUCCUGUUGAUUUCUCAGUUUUUAAGAUUAAAGCAGUGGAUUAUGACUCUGGUUCCAAUGGUGAAGUCGUAUUUGAAAUUUUAGAUGGUGAUAAAAGAUUAUUUCGAAUUGAUUAUAAAAGUGGAGAAAUAUUUUUGAAGCAACCUCUUACUUCCAAUAACUACGAAUUAAUCGUAGAAGCUAGAGAUAAAGGAAAUCCCGCUUUAAGCUCUCGUGUCAAACUUCCGAUUCAAGUUAUAAGUCAUGAUAUGCCAGUAUUUGCCCAACAAAUUUAUCAAGUCACAGUAUCAGAAAAUCUUCCGACAGGAUCACCUCUUUUAACAGCAACUGCCAAUAAUCCGAGUGGAAAACAAUUAAUUUACAGUCUAGUUUCUGGGAAUAGAAAAGAAGAUUUACGAUUAGAUUUCAAUACAGGUGUGUUUUAUGCUGUAGAAGAUUUGGAUUUUGAAACCACUCCCAAAUACAUUCUCACAUUAAGAGCCACAGAUGCUGUAAGUGGAAUCUACACUGACAUACAAGUAAUCAUUGAUGUUGAAGAUGUAAAUGACAACCCACCUAUGUUUGACCUGCCAUCUUACAACACAACUGUCUCUGAAGCUUUGCCAUUUGGAACAUCUGUUCUUCAAGUUCGUGCAACAGAUCGUGAUACAAAGGCAACUCAACAUAUCCAAUAUCAUAUUGUGGGUAAUGCUUCUUCCCACUUCAAUAUUGAUACAUUUGAUGGAACAAUUACCAUCAAGCAACCACUAGAUCACGAGACAAAGAGGGAACACUACUUUACUGUCAUGGCAACAGAUGGCGGCCAUCCAAGCCUCAGCUCAACUGCUCAUGUCUGGGUUGGAGUGGCGGAUAUGAAUGACAAUCCUCCAGAGUUUGAUCACAAGCAUUAUAAAUGUGUAGUUAACCAAGAAGUCAAACGUGGUCAAUUUAUUACGAUGGUAAUGGCUUCUGACCCAGAUGAGUCUGAUCAGUCUAAACUGCAGUACACUAUCAUAGAAGGGAAUGAGCUGCAGUCAUUUACUAUUAAUCGACAAACAGGAAUAAUAACUAUGUCCAACCUGCACCAGUUCAACUUUGAAAAAAGCUAUAUUCUAAACGUGUCAGUUACAGAUGGAGUUCAUUCUUCGUAUGCAAGUGUUUAUGUCACUAUAGAAGGAGCUAAUAAUCACUCACCACACUUUUCACAUAAUGUCUAUCCUGUAGCUCUUCCAGAAAAUGUACCAGCUGGCAAAGUUAUAACAACUGUAUCUGCAAUUGAUGAAGAUAUUGGCAGCUAUGGGCAGUUUGUUUACAAGAUUGAAAAGAAUCACCAGAAGCUAUUUAAAAUCAAUCCACAUUCUGGUGAAGUAUUUACAACUUCAUCAAUUGAUCGAGAGCAGAAAAAACUUUUUGAGUUGGUAAUUUCAGCUGUUGAUUCUGGUGGAAGAUGUGGUUAUGCUAUUGUAAGAGUUACUAUUACUGAUGAGAAUGACAACAUGCCUCAGUUCUCAGUUUCUGAAUAUACAGUUACCAUUCCUGUAAAUAUGACCAUCGGAACAACUAUUCUGAAGAUUCAUGCUACUGAUAAUGACGAAAGUUUUUCCGCAGCUAUUGAUUACUCUUUAUAUAAAUCUAAUAAUAGUGUCAUAUCUGAAUUAUUUGGAAUUACUCAUGAUACUGGAGAAGUUUACAUCAGAAAGGCGGCAACUGGGCAUGAAAACUAUGGUUAUCAAUUUUUUGUUUUGGCAAAGGACCAUGGUGUUCCAUCUUUGGAAACAGUUGUUCCAGUUAGUGCUAUAUUUAUUGAUGCCAAGGAAGACUAUCCUAAAUUUGAGCAUAAAAAGUAUGAUCUUUUUAUUUCUGAAACUGCACCCAUAGGAACUGUAAUAUCAUAUGUGAAUGCCAGCUGUUCAAGACCGCUAACUUUCUCUUUCACGCCAGCAGCAAAAGGCUCUAAUACUGAACAGUAUAUGUCCAAAUUCAGCAUCGAUGCACAAGGCAGUAUUAUGUUAUUAUCUGAACUUGAUAGAGAAGUCCAAUCUGUUUACAACUUGAAUGUCAGAGCAUCCACCGCUGAUUUGCCCACUAGAAUUUCCUGUGUUGAUGUCACAAUUAUAGUUAUAGAUGCUAAUGACAAUGAUCCUAAAUUUGAUUCUGAUUUAUACAGUGCAUCGAUUGCCGAAAAUAUUGAGCCUGGUGCCACAAUCUUGCGAGUUGUGGCUACUGAUGCUGAUGCAAGCAAUAACGGCUUGUUAAAAUAUCAUUUUGGCCCUGAUGCUGGCAAUGUAGCUAAUAUUUUCCAAUUAGAUCGAAUCACGGGUUGGCUGACUACGAUGAUUACAUUAGACAGAGAAGAUACUUCUUUUUACAAUUUUUCUGUUAUAGCAUUUGACCAAGGUGAACCUCGUCGCAUGGCAACUGCUGUUAUUAAUAUAAAACUCAGAGAUUACAAUGAUAAUCCACCUGUAUUUCAAUCACAACACUACAAUGGUAAUGCUUAUGAAGAUGCCAAUCUUGGCUUUGUUGUUGUGAAUUUCAAGAUAGAGGAUAAAGAUGAAAUUAAGAAUGAUGUUGAGUUUUAUAUUAUUGAUGGGGAUCUUCAAGGUCAAUUUCAAGUUAUAUCGCCAGGAAAAUUAGUUGUUAAAAAGCCUUUAGACAGAGAAGUAAUUUCAGAUUAUCAGCUUACUGUUCUUGUUACUGAUGGAAAAUUUAUAUCCAAGACUUGGGUUACUAUAUUUGUCCUUGAUGUCAAUGACAAUCCUCCUGUUUGCUUGAAGACCAAAUAUACAGAAAUGGUUUCUGAAAACAUCCCUAUAGACACUUUUAUUUUAACUGUAGAAGCCACUGAUGUUGAUAGCUAUAACAAUUCUCGGUUAUAUUUCUAUUUAACUGGUGAUGGACAUGAAGAUUUUUCUGUCGAUCCAAUCACAGGUCAAUUAAAAACUGCUCAACCAAUCGAUCGAGAAAAGAAGUCUCGUUAUCUUUUGGAAGCUCAUGUUCAAGAUCAAGGUCAUCCUGAAUGGGAAUGCAUGAGCACAUUAGAAGUGCUCUUAAGUGAUACCAAUGAUAAUGCACCUGUCUUUGCUCAAGAAUUAUACUCUGUAAAUAUCCCUGAAGAUUCAGAAGUUGGAACUUUGAUAACCAAAGUACAUGCUAGUGAUAGAGACAUUGGUAUUAAUCGUUUAAUAAGUUACUACUUGGUUGAUUCUGCCCAUAGCCAUUUCAGCAUUGAUGAAACUACGGGUAUUGUUAGUUUAAAUAAACCUGUUGAUAGAGAAGAAACAGCCAUGUAUAAUUUGACCGUACAAGCCAGUGAUCAUGGAAUACCCCGACUUUCAACCCUCUGUACUCUCCUAGUGUUACUACAAGACGUGAAUGAUAAUCCUCCUGAAUUCACAUCUAAAUAUUAUUUUACUACAGUCUCUGAAACAGCUGCUGUUGGAACCGAAAUACUGAAAGUAACUGCAACAAGCAGAGACAGUGGUGUGAAUGCUGAAAUAGCUUACAGUCUUAUUCAGUCUCCAAAGUCAGAAGUAUUUUCCAUUCAUCCCAAACAAGGUACUAUAACAGUAGCUUCAAAACUGGAUUACGAGACUGCUCCAAGAUAUUAUAUUUUAGUAAAAGCUGUUGAUGGGGGAACUCCACCUUUAUCUACUGAAGUUGGGGUUAAUAUAACAGUUAGUGAUGCCAAUGAUAAUGCACCAUUAUUCUCACAACAAUCUUACAGCACUGUAAUCAGGGAAGAUGCUCUAGUUGCUGAUAAAAUAAUUCAGGUUAUUGCAUCUGAUAGUGAUAGUCCACCAAAUGCCAGACUGAGAUACACAAUUUGUGGAGGCGAUAGAUAUGGACAAUAUUUAAUUGACAAGGAUAUGGGAUACAUAUCUUUGGCUUCUGAUCUUGAUAGAGAAAAAGUGUCUAAUUAUGUUUUGGAAAUCUGUGCUGAGGACAGUGGUCUUCCAAGACUUUCCAGCUCUUGUUUUGUCAAUAUUGAAGUGUCAGACAUAAAUGAUAAUCCACCCCUAUUUUCUGAAGAUAACUACACAGCUAUAGUUCAAGAAGGAAAACCAUUAGGUUUUACUGUUUUAAAAUUCACUGUCACUGACCAAGAUGCACCACCCAACACAGGACCUUUUAUCUUUGAUAUACUCUCCGGGAAUGACGAAAAUGCUUUUCGGGUGGUACAGCAAGACGCUACCUUACGUACAGCCAGUAAAUUUGACGUGAAAAAUCAAAGUGAGUUUCUUCUCCAAGUUCGUGUCACUGAUGGUGGUAACCCACCUUUAUACAGUGAUACUUGGGUGAAUAUCAUAGUCAUCGAAGAAAGCAGAUUUCCACCCCUAGUUACACCUUUAGAUGUAUCAGUCAGUUCAUACCUAGAUGAAUUUCCUGGUGGUGUCAUGGGCCGAGUUCAUGCUACCGAUCAAGAUCCUUAUGAUAAGCUUAUCUAUGACAUACUAUCUCCUCAUCAAAACUUAUUUACCAUUGACAGAGAAGAUGGUACUAUUGUUGCCCUACCAGGAUUGGACGUUGGAUCUUAUGAACUCAAUGUAAGUGUGUCUGACGGGAAAUUUACUACUUUUACCACGAUUUCCAUUGAUGUAAACCUCAUCACUGGUGAAGCUGUUAGCAAUAGUGUUGCUAUUCGGUUGGAUGAUGUCACUCCAGAGGAUUUUCUUUUGACUUACAAAAAAGGCUUUUUAAGAGGUUUGCGAAACAUUCUGAAUGUCCGGAUGAAAGAUGUCGAAAUAAUCAGCCUUCAGCCGACUCUUCAAGAAAAGAAACGUAAACAACGAACUGCACAGCAAGACUUGGAUGUUGUCUUUGCUGUGCAUGCUGGUGCUAAUGGUUUCCAUCCGUCCAGUGCUGUAAGAGCGAAAGUCAAAGAAAAGACAGAUGUUCUUGAAGCAAGUGUUGGUCUGAAAGUUGUAAAGAUUAUGGAAGAUCGAUGCACUAAAGAUCGCUGUGUAAAUGGAAAAUGUGUAGACCUCAUUGUUUUAGACAAAGCCUUCGCUAUCAGCAUUACCACUGAUGCAAUGAGUUAUGUUUGUCCUCAACAUUACCGAAAAUUAGAAUGUGCAUGUGAACCUGGAUUUGGAGGUCCUCAGUGUGAGCUAGCUGUUAAUGAGUGUUCUCGUCGACCUUGUCCCUCAUAUCGAAUAUGUCACCCUGAGCCAACAAUAUUAGGUUAUAUUUGUCGCUGUCCUGAGGGCAAAAGUGGCUCACUUUGUGAUAGAAAUAAAGGUGCUACCUGCAAAGGACCCAAUUGUUAUGAUGAAAAAACUCCUAUAUCUUUCCAAGGUAAAAGCUAUGUAUCAUAUGUGCUAAAUAAACCUGUUGAUCACCAUAUGAGCUUAGUAAUACAGUUCAGAACAAAGCAAGCAACAGGGAAUCUAAUGUAUGCAGCUGGUAUUCGAGAUUACUUUAUUUUGGAAAUAAAAAAUGGCUUGAUACAGUACAGAUUCGACUGUGGAAGUGGGGAAGGAAAGCUUCGUAUUGAUCAGUUCAAAGUAAAUGAUGGAAAUUGGCACAAAGUGAGGGUUGAACGUAGAGGAAAAACUGCCGAGCUUAUUUUAGAUAAAAGACUGCGAGCUUCUGGUAAAUCUCAUGGAUCUCAUGAAGUGCUCAAUUUAGAUGGAAAUGAUGUUUAUUUUGGAGCUGAAGUUAGAACCAAGUUAGAAGGACUUAACUUUGAAGAUAUCAGGAUGGGAUUUAAUGGCUGCAUGGAUGACAUUCAAAUUGAUGGCAUAGUGUUGCCUUUGCAUGUCAAUGGCAACACAGCUGUUGCGACAUUAAACAGGGUUAAAAAAAUAGAUCUCCACUGUGGUGUCCUUUUAGAUUUAGGAGUUUGUAGCAGCCAACCUUGUCUAAAUGGUGGUACCUGUAUUCCUACAAGUUCUGCAUUUAUGUGCCAAUGCUCUGCUCGUUAUCAAGGAAAUUACUGUGAAGUAGAUUUAGACCCUUGUGCGUCAAAUCCCUGUUUAAAUGGCGGAAUAUGUCGCAAACAUGACAACAAAUAUACUUGCACAUGCCCUUCUGGAAUCAGCGGUGAACGUUGUGAAUUUGGUCGCUAUUGCAAACCAAGCCCAUGUCAUAAUAGAGGAAUUUGUGAGGAGGGUACUUUUGGCCCUAUUUGUAAAUGCAAUGGAUAUUAUGGAGAGCUUUGUCAGUAUGACAUAGAUGAGUGCCAAACAGUUCCUUGUGCCAGCGGUGCUUGCAUAAAUCUUCAGGGUAGCUUUAAAUGCCACUGCCCGCCAAAUAUGACUGGUUCCUUGUGUAAUGAGCAUUUAUUUACAACUUCAAUUACGUCUUCUAGCUGGAAUACUACUAUUGAAGAAAUCAUUGGUAUAUCUGUUGUAGUAUUUUUUAUUCUUCUAUUAGCAAUGAUCUUGGUAUGCUGUUGGCGUUAUAGACAUAAACGCCAACAAUUGAGACCAAAUAAUGAAGUACUAGAUACUGCAACUAAUGAGUAUCUAUUAAAAAAUUCUGUAUUUGAAAAAGACAAUUUAAAUCGUAAAAUAAGUAAUUUAGAAGUCACGACUAGUUUCACUACUCCUCCAUUACCUCCAAGACCUGCUUCCUACACCCCCAGUACUCAAGAUUCUGUCAAUGCCCUCAAUAACUUCGAUACGGUCCGUAGUUAUGGUAGCGCUGCUGAUGACUUAGAAAACUUUCCCCGCCAAAGUAAUGACUAUGUACAAAAUAUAAGCAAACCCUCUAUUACUGGUGUGAUUCCUGCUUUGGUGCCACCACCUCCGUCCAGUUCAGACAACGAUUCAGUGAAAAAAGGGAAUUGGGAUAAAGAUCAUUUGAAAUCAAAGAGCAAGCUGUAUGAAAAUAAAGUACCAAAAGACCUGCAAAUGCGUAAAGUUGGUGAUGUUCCUGGUCUGAAUACAAUACCUGCUCCAGUUGUGCCAUCUCGUGGUCCGUCCAGCCUUGGUGUGCCUUCGGUUUUAAGCCUCAACUCUGUUGAUGACAUGCCAGCGACCGAGAACAAAAGUGGGAGAAGAAACACUGCGGAAGGUUACAUAUGGGAUUGUUCAGAUUGGGCAGUUGCAUCUCAAAAACCAUUAGCUAAUAUUAUUGAAGUAUCCACCAAAGAAAUACGGGACUCAUCCAGUAUUCCAAGUACUGAAUCCAACAGCAGGGCUAGCCAAAUCGAGCUGUUACCCAAAGAAAGUGAUGUAGGUAACUUAAAUGAUUUGAAACAACAUAACAACCAAUCUGGAAGUGAAGAUUUUGAUCAGUCUGAGUACGUGGGUGACUCAGAAAAUAACGAUGAUUUCGAUGAUGCUCUUCUUCCUGUGCCAAACUUCGAAAGCAUCCUUGGAAUGAACGAACUUGAAUUUGCUGAUGAGGUGGACAGUCUUCCAGUUUCCCCCCACAAAUAUCAGCGUCAUCCCAACUCAUACCUCCCCACUCAUGCCACAAGUACUGCGAACACUAGCCCUGAUCAUACGUGGAACGGUGAUCAGCGCCAAAUUUGUGAUCUCUCCGAUGAUGAAGUUAUGACGUAUGGUUUUCCAUCACAAGGUGGACGUGGAUUUCUCAGGGACGGGCUUGAUAACUUGUCCAUGUCAGUUGGUGGUUACACAUCAACGAAUGCCUCUUUCUCAGAUAUUUCUGGAGCUAUCUGCGGAAUUGAUGACAGUGAUGUGGACUAUGAGCAUAUUGAUUCUAAACAACCUCAAAUUUUGAAUGAAAAGUUUUGCUCUACUCAUUUAUAACUGAUUUGUAAAAUAGUUUUUGUUUUUCUCUAAAUGGUUCCUGAUUUUAAAUCAAAAUUUUCAUUUUUGUUUUCAUUGAAAUUAGUGAGGUGUAUUCAUUUUAUAAUCAAAUGAAAUCUUAAAUUACAUAAAAUAAGCAUAGAAAAUAAGAUAGAAUAAAUAGAAGUCAUGAUCAUUGUUUUUUAAAGUAAAUGAAGCUUUAAAAAAUUGAAGCAAACUAUUUUACUUAUGAAAAAAAUUAAAAUAGUAUUGUUUUAAAUUGAAAAAAAAAUUUGUUAAUGUGAUUUUCAAAUUCUUGUUAAUUUGGAGAAAUUACUCAGCUAGAUGUAAUUUUUAAUGAAACUGUAUUUUAUAUUAUUUUUGUUCCAUAUUAAUGCACUUAAAUGGUGAUAAUUUUCAUUCUAAUUUACAAGAUAUUUAUUUCAAAAUAAAAAAAUAGAUUUUUGUUUUAAACUUUGUGAUAUGCUUAAAAACUUAUAAUUAAAUUGCUUUUCCCUUAAUGCAGCUUUUUUUCCUUGUCUUUCAUAUCUGUUAUUACUGACCUCUUCUAUGUUCAUUAUUUAUGCAUCUUUUUUUUUUCUUCAUUAUUGUUUCAUGUGUAUGUUUUUUUAUAUAUGACACUUUUUCCUUUCAAAAUUUAAGUUGUUUGAACACAUUCAUGUGAUGAAAAAAGUUUCUGCUUUAAGAAGAAAAAAAAUUUUGUUUUUUCUUUCUUUUUUGUUAAAACAUUGUACAUACCAUUUUCAUGCAUGCAUCUUGCUAUCAAAAUUGAACUAAUUGAAUCUCACAAUAAUGAAAAAUAAUACUCUGUUUGAAAAUUAAUGAGAAAGUCAAUUUUGAAACUAACUAAAAGAAAAGUCUGGAAUAAAUAAAGGUUAGUUUUUGCCUCAAAUAUUAAUGCUAUUUACAAGAAAUUUAGUUGAACACUUUUGCUAUAACAAAUGAAAUAAAUUGUAGAAAAUUCAAUUGUUACAUCUUUGUACUUCAUUUCACUUACUGCCUGAGUGGUAUCAUAAUUUUUCAAAGUUAGUACAAAGCUAUAUUUUUACAUAUCUCGUUUGUACGUUUAUUUUUAAUUUUUUUAACAUUUUACUUUUGUAAUAAUUUUGAUAGCAUUUGUAAGUGAUUUAUUCCUUUUUUUAUGAAUACUUAAUUGUAUCUAUACAUUCUUUUUUAAGGUUUUUGUAUUUAAAUCAAUCAUUGUAAAUGAGAAGAGCAGAACUAUAUAAAUGUGAUAUCUGUAAAUGGCAGCUUAUUUUGAAAAAAUUUAUCUUUUUUAUAACUGCUGCUUUUUUGUGCCAAAAAUGCUAAUUUUUUCUCCCUUUCAUAUUUAAAACUAAAUUUCAUUUCACACUUUUAAUUUUACCUUUUGGAUGAUUUCGUAUAAUCACUCAUGUUUAUUAUCUGAUUUUCAUAUAUUUUUCCAGUUCUUAAUCCAAUAUAAUAAGUGUUAUUUUUGAAGUUCAACUUAUUAUGAGCAUGUCCUAAUUAUUAUUUUGCAUGCAGUUAAAAACAUGUACUGUUUCUAUGUGCUAAAAUCUUUUUCCAACAUUCCAUUUUGUGUCCAACAGAAUGUUACUGACAACACGUGUUAAAAUUUGCACCAGUUUUUAAGCUUACAAUAACUUUAUUUUGCUAACUGGCGUUGUGGGUGUUGUUAAAAUGUGUCAUGAGUCUUGUUAUUUCAAUUUUCUGAAAUCUUGUAUACUGCUAAAGUUUUGCACUAAAGUAAAAAUGCUUUGUUACUUUGUGAUUUAAUUAAAAUCAUAAUAUACUUGCUAGUUUGUUAAAAAAUAUUGCUUUUACUCAGUUCUGGUAUUCUUUAACUAUUGACUCCAAGGACCACUUCAUUAGUAGUUCAGAUUAUUUAUGUUUAUUAGUCUGUUUUAAGAGAUCAAUGUGAAUAAAAUAAAUGAAUUCACAUUAUUUUACAUGAAAAACAUAGACUCUUUGAAUUAAACAGGUUAAAGAAACUACAUAAAUUCAAAUGCCCUGACAAUAGUGUUUAAUUAAUUAAAAUUUCUCUUGCUUACAAAUUUUCCUAUAAAUUAAUACUUCGUUCACAAGUUGCAUUAGGAUAAUGUAUCUUAUUUCUGUGCCUAAUUCGGGUUGUUAAAAGUUAUAACCGAGAUUAUAUUUAAAUUUUUAUUGAACGAAACGUUUUAAAAUAAUAAAUGUGGCAGUUUUUCUAUUGACGAUUAUUGCUAUAUAUAAGCAUUACAACAUCAGCGAAACUGGAUGAGAAUAUGCUACUGAUAUUUUUGCUAUAAAUCACGUAAGAUUUACUCGCAUGAAAAUUCAGCUUUUUUGACAUUUGGCCAAUCUCAUCCCUGAAAAUAGCACUAAGUAUUGUAUUUUGCUUAUUAAUCAAACAAUUAAGUUAGCUGGGUAUUCUUUUAGAUUUGUUUAUGUUUAACCAAUAAAUUGUAAUAACUACACUAUAUUUUUACUUAUUAGAGUAGAAAAUUUUUUUUAUAAUAAAACACAAAAAAUAUAUAUUGAAAACUAUGGUGUUUAAAAGAUGGACAAUUUAUUGUAACCCUUAACAUUUUGAAUGUUUUUAUUUUUAACUGUUGUAAACAUUUAAUACAGUAAACAAAUUUAAUAACUUAAGUUAUAAUACUGUACCUGUAUAUCUAAAUCUGUUUGGUGUACUUUUUAAGAUACAUCUUAUACUGCUUAUACUGAUCUUCAUUUUUAUACUGAAUUUCCCACUUAAGUUAAAUUUUCUUUAUCGCAGUUAUUUAUUAAGAUCAUCACAUUAUGCUACAUUUCUAGACGAAACUUGAAACCUUCUAAAUCUUUUUAUGUGAUUCAAUGGUUAAAAACCCUGAACUCGAGUGGAUUACUGAACAAUUUCUUUGAAAAAUAAUAAGUUUUUUAGUCAAAUUAAUCAUUCUUUAAUGUAAUUCAUUAUUUUGUAGUAAGUGUAUUGCUUAUUUUUGUUUAGUUCUAAUUGAACUUAGUUACAAAGUUUGAACUUAGUUACAGCAAAAUAAAGUGUUUCUGUCAAUAUUAAAAAUAUUUUUAUUUGUCUUAACUGUUGUAUUUAAGUGCCUACAAUUUCCAGAGUUUCUAUGCUGUUUCAAAUAUGAAAAUAAAUAUAACUUUAAAAUAUUGUUGUAAAAAUGUAAACCAGUUUAUAUAAAGUGAAAUAUUAAGAAGAAAAAAAAAUUUUUUUUUUCAAAUUUAGCUAAUUAGAUUGUGCAUUUUCAACUUGAAACUCUCUAACUAGACCUUGUAUAUGCUAGUUAUAAUAUUUUAUACCAUAUUUGAAUAUAUCUUCCUGCAUAUUGUUCUUUUGUAACUAAAUUUAUUUAUAAGCCAUUUCUAUAAUUUUUAAAACAAAACUUUCUUAAAAACCUUAGAAAAAUAUUACUGUAUAAAAAAAAAGAUACCCACAUUGAAUGAUUAAAGGCAAUCUCUUGUUCAUAAAAAAAAUAGAAAUUUCAGAUUUAUAUGUUAGAUUGAUCUUGUAAUUUACUUUACCCUGUGCAUUUACUACAUUAAAUUAUUAGUCAGAGCUCUGCGACCAACUUUUUGCAAACGCCAAACAUUUCUGUCCAAAUCUGGCGCAGUGCGUCUGUUUGAGAAUAUUUGUCCAUAUUGGUGCUACUUAAGCCAUUUUGCAUUGUGUAUAUAAAAAAGUGUACAUAGUUCUUAAAAUGUCUUGUAAUAAAAAUUUUCAUAAAUUUU